AUGUUUGGGAGGAAAUUUCUACCACAAAGCUCACAGCGAAGACUGAAGAAGUUCAUCUUUUUGAUGAUCCUGGUCACGACUCUCUUUGUGGUCAUGGUAACAGCAGGGAUGUACGGUCUCUCACUGUUGGACAGUUCAAUGUCCCUGGUCAAAGCUGACAUCGUCGAAAGCAAACCCAGAAUUGCUAUACCAUCUGACGGAGAUUACCGUUUAGAAAGUCCCCUGAAGUCGGAUUUCUCCCGAGGACAGAGCAAAAUAAUUGAUGACUUAUUGGGAAGUCAGAAAGAUGGUUUCUUUGUGGAACUGGGCGCCGGAGAUGGAGAGACAAACUCCGUGAGUCUGUUCUUUGAGAGGGAAAGAAACUGGGGCGGAGUUCUGGUGGAGGCAAAUGAGAGUAAGCACCGCCAGGCUGUGGGGAAGAGAAGGAAGUCACUAAUGUGGAACUUCCGGCUGCGCAUGGAUGAAGAUAUGACCACAGAUACAAAAGACGAUAUUCGACUUGAGCGAUUGUUCCAGAUGAUAAACCGCACGUCUAUUGACCUCCUGGCGAUAAAUCUAAACGGUUUUGAGUCUGAACUUAUAAAGCAGAUUGACCUAGCCAAAUAUAACAUCCGGGUUAUCACGGUAGAACUACAAAACACUGUGAGCAAGGAGAGGUAUAUGGCGAUCACAGAUUACCUAACCUCCCGCGGGUACACGGUGGCCCACCAUCUCAUUAACACCAUGCUGGGAAAGAAAGAUGUUGUUUAUACGAAAUUAUAG